AUGCUCAAUAAAAAGACUCACGGUUUGGCAGGGCAAUCCCGCAAACAAACCAUACCACCGGUAACCCGCGCAGAACGAACUUUGACAAUGUACAACAGUUAUUACACGGUCAAACCAUGUCAAAAUAAAUUCCUCCAGAGCAGAUUGGAUGAUAAGGUUAGAGAAAUACACAAAAAGGCCCUGGAAAACAUGAAACCUGUCGUGGACACAAAGGCUCCAAAGACGUUUCAGCUGAUAAGGAAGGAGAUGGAAGUAUCAUCAUUUGAUAAACAGAAUUCAGCUCGAAUCGAAUCGGACAAUAAGCGCUUGAGGCAGCGGUUAGGAUAUAUUUACACUCAUCCUGGAAAGGUCGACAAUCAUAAUGAAUACAAAAUCAAAAGUCUCAACGCACCAAAGAAACGACAGGAAGUUGAACGUCUUAGGGUUGAAAAUGCAGAGUUUAAAAGACGGUUGAAGGAAAGGACCAAACCACGCAAUGAAAGAAAGUGGGAAUCUGACUGGGUUGAAACGCUUAGCUAUAUGAACAACGCAUCAAGAUAUCCUUUAUGUUUGGUUCGAAAGGCGAGGAGUCAAGAUGGAGUUCCGGAAUCUGAAGGUCCUCGAGCCAACAUGAUUCGACCGUUCGUAGAGACCGUUGGAGACGAAGCUUUGAAGCAGGUUUCUGAUGUAGAUCCAAAUCGAAUGAUCAUUGAUUUUGCUGAUCCACUUUUGAAAGAAGAUCCUCACUACUGUGAACUCAAACGACAAGGUCCGCGAGAAGAUGUUCCGGAAGGUGUACGGGGAUUUGUGGCAUCCGUUAUACAAACCGCUUUGCAUCGUGUUUACGAAUAUGACCUUUCAAAAGAAUCUAAAGUCAAGCCGAUCAGAGUUUCUGACAAUGAUGAAUUCCUGCCAAAGUCAAAAAAGCCUGUGGAGCUAGUCGAGACACCAGAACACGGCGGGCUGAAAAGCCCUUUCGUGAAUGACGAAUCUUCCGUUGUCAACUGUGAGAAAACAGGAAAACAUCCGAUUGUACUGGACACCGAACCGAACCUCACUCCGAACAUCAAAUGGCCAACCAUAGGAGAGUUCAACCCGGAAUUAGGACUGAAACGAAUCGAAGAAUAUAUCCAGGGCUGGCAACUGGAUGAAAGUUGGCUACACUGUACGGAUAUAUUGUCCGAAGAGGAUACACCUUAUGACGUACUAUAUCGAUACCGCGUCCGAUGGAGUGUUCCGACUAGGCGCGCACCCAUUCCACAAGCAACAGCUUCAAUAUACUUCACGAUAAAAGUAUCAAAAAUCAAACCAAAGAUGCAAGAUGUUGAUGUGUACUACCAAGUGGAAACAUUCCGGACAAAGCACAAACCCGGAGAGACCAGAUUCUGUGAACAAUGGUUACGGGGUGUGAUCGACAGUAAAUUACGUCUAAUGCCGUAUGUGACUUUUUGAUCAAAGAUCACGAGCGCCCUCAUGAGGCUAGCAAACACAGCCAUAUGGAUGCAAAUCGAAGAUACAUUACCGUCCUUCUCGUGAUAGAGUACGAACAGAAAUA